GUACAAGGCACAGCAUUGUCCCAGCAACUUUGAGAAGAUCAACAUCCUCAACAUCACAUCCUUGGAAGCAGAGGUGCAUUUCUGCUUUGAACACGAUCGCAGAAUGGACGUGUUCCGUUUAGACCCUCCCAGCAUAAGGCUUAAACCUAAUGAGAAGCAGGAGUUGAACAUUUGGCCGUACCCCACUUCAACUGGGCUCAAGGAAGACAACCUCAUCUGCUGUAUUGAGGACAACCCAGACCCAGUGGUCUUCCGCCUGUGCUGCCAGGGAGUGCAGGUGAAGCUGGAGGUCAGCCCCAAGAAGGUGCAGUUCAACAGGCUGCUUCUGCACAGGACGGACAGCAAGACCGUGGUCCUGCACAAGCCUACUCCGCUGCCCGUGGCCUGGCGGAUCCGUGGGCUGGAAGGCCUUGGGGAGGGCUUCUCAGUGUCGCAGGAUGCAGGCAUCAUUGGUCCCUGCUCAGAGUUUGGCAUGCGUUUGUGUUUCGAGGCCACAAAGGUUGACAGCAUUAAGAAGACAUUCCAAGUAGAGGUUUCAGAUGCAGAAAAACUCCUGGGCAUUGUUCAAGUUGAAAGUUGUCCAAGUCUUUGCGGAGGCCUAUGACAUUGGUCUGGACAUCAACAUUUCUACAGGUAGAGGUUAUGUGGAUUUUGGAGCCCUUAAAAUCCUGGUUGAGGCAAAGCAAGUGCUGACUCUGAAGAACAGAGGGAAGUACGAGAUAGUGUACGGGUGGGUCCAGCUGCCUGGUCUGUGAAUGCAUGGUGCCACCAUCUGCCCAGGCCUGCGUUCUCCUUCUGUCCGUGCUGGCACCCUCACAGUUCGGAAACAUACAACAUCUGGGCUUUCCAGUCCCAAGUGUUAUCAUAGGGAAUCCAGGCCCACCCCAGCAGUUCUUCACAGCUGAGCGGGAACCAGAAAGAGACAUCCUAAAAUUUAAGCCACUCACCGCUGAGAUUCAUUUUCUUCAUUCAAGGGUCAGUUCAUUUCUCUUUAUGAGGCUCUUUAAAGGAGGGAAUGAAAAAAUGCGCUGUUAGCGGUAGCUUGCAACAUUUGUGAGUGACUGCUCUCAGUGUCAAGA